CCUCACUCCGGGAGCUUGGCGAAAGUCGUCGAACAUGUCGACAGAGGAGAACAGUGAACACAACGACGUUCCUGCCACACCAAUGAAGAAUAUCAAAUCGUCUGCCGCAUAGACGAUAACGAAGGAAGCAAAACGACUUGGAUUUUGACAAAUUCAAUUCCUGCGUGGAUAAAAACAAGUAGGUCUAUCUAAAAGCUUCGAAUUUUCUUUGGCUCGCAAUACUAGCCCUCUUUGUGUAUAAAAAAUGAAUCAUGAAGGUGUAUCGUAACUACGGAACUUGAAAAAUAGAAACAAGUCUGUGUCUAGAAAACAAAGAGAAUACAACAGAUUUGGAUUUCGAUGAUUAUUGCCUAUACCUUUUUUGGAGCUUCGCUGCAUCUUCAAGUAUCUGCCAGCAGUGUUGAUCACUGCUUGACAUAACUGAGACAGCUGAAAUUGCACAGUAUGUAUUGGAAUGAAUAGAAUUAGUUUGGCUUCGGGAAGUAGAAGAUGAAAACCAUAGUCUAUCCACUUGGUCUAUUUUGAAUGUAAAAUUGGAUAUGUCACGAUCAUCAUGACCACAAACACAACAGAGCACAGGAAAAGACUUCAAAACUAGCCGCGACAGGCAACACCUUUCCAUCGUCAGGUUUUCUAAAAGAAGGCCUAGGUCAUAGUUCAAUGCAUGUGAAAUACGUUUUUCGUCAGCACGCCACGAAACUUUGCAAUUUGGGAACAAAAGUACGAACAAGGAACUCG